AUGGAUUCGGAAGAUUCUCGCGAUGCUGGCGACACACAAUCAACAUCAAGAAGUAGUAGUUCCAGUUCAAGGAGUAGAAGCAGACGUAGUUCAUCAUCAGAUAGUUCAAAAAGAGAUAAUAAAUCACCCCCACAUUCCCCAUCACCUAGACGGCAUGGCCCAAGGUCCCCUUCUCCUGACAGUCGAUCUCCACCUCCCCAGAGAUCACCUAAUAGACCACAAACACCAAGUAACUUGAGUGGUGCCCAUUCUGAUAUAAAUUCUCCUGAAACAUCCACACCAGCUUCUCCAGCUGGACCAAAGUCUCCAGAAGAACCUAAAUCACCAAGUGUAGGUUCUAAUAUAGAUUCACCAGAACAACCAGAACACUACACCUCUGGCCCUAAGACCCCACAGAGUGAUAGCAUAGUCACAUCCCCUGCCACUCGAUCUCAACCUGUUUCACCAGAUUCAGCUUCUCAAGUCACAUCACCUAGAAAUCCUGACACAAGAGCCCAUUCAUUAUCACCUUCACCGGAAAGGGCCUUAUCACAGUCACCUCAGAGAACAGCAGUUAACACUGAGUGGAGAAGGCACACUAAAGCAGAGCAAAAAAUGGUGGCCAUGCCCCGGGAGCGGAGUCAAUCAGAGUCAAGUCGAUCUAGUACCAGUUCAACAUAUAAUAAGAGAACAAAUGCUAAGGAUACUGAAGAAAUUUCUGAUGGAGAGAUGGAGUCAGACCAAGAAGAUCGUAAAUCAAGAAGUAAAUCUAUCACAAAUGAUAAAUUGACAAAAAAGAGUAAGAGCUUAAGUCAUGAAGAUUUAUCUGACGUUUCUGAUUUAGACUCUGCUGAUGAGAAAACAGCAAAGGCAAAGACAAAAAAGCAAGACAUUGUAAAUGGACAGUCACAAAAGUUUGAGAAUGAUAAGGAACAAACUAAAAUGACAAAAGUCCCCCAAGAAAAAACCAGUAAUACGGAAGAUGGUGAAGAACAACUAGAUUUUGAAGCAGAAGAAGGGGAAUGUGUUGAGCCAAAGCCAAAAGAUCAAUCUAAUGGAGAGUUGGAUGAUCACUAUGCAGAUAAGGAAGAAGAGUCAAAGCCUGGUAAACGCUCUCGCGGCUCUUCUCUAGAGGAGGGCGAAGUCUCAGAUGAGGGGGAAAAACGCCCGGAGGAAAGUGAACCUAAACCUGUCUGUAGGUUCUUCUCGAGAGGAGCAUGCACUUGGGGUGUUAGUUGCAGAUUCCUCCACCCAGGAGUCACGGAUAAGGGUAAUUACAAUAUGUUUGAUGUGGUGAGAGGUGUACCGCCUGCUGGAUUUCCCGCAGUGACCCCACGGGAUGUUGCGCCACCUGAAUCAGCGUGGGAGAGGGGACUGCGCACCGCUAAAGAGAUGUUAAGGAUAGCCAACAAGCGCAAAGAACAAGAUAUGGACUUUGAAGAGAAGAAACUGCACCUGUCCGUGGGUGGUGUUGUGCAUGAUCCAGACGCAGAAUUGGCAUACGCGGCCGCCGCUGUAGGAGCUUCGCCUCCACAGCCCCACCACGAACCACCGCCGGUCAGGGAUCCUGAGAUAUAUCGCGGCUAUGGUGCGCCGGCGCCGUAUCGGGGCCGCAUUCCUCGAGGACCAAUCGACGAACGCGAGAGGUUUUAUGAGAGGGAGCGCGGCAUGGAUCGCGAGCGGCCCUUUGAGCGUCCGCCGUACUACGACGAAUAUGGAGUACCACCAGAAGAUCCCAUGCAUCAUAAGCGUCGCGUGCGUUCUUCUCGCGAAGUGAUAGUCCAACGGGCUGAAGUGGAACGUCGCGAAGGCCGAGAAGGAAGAGAGGGUCGCGAAAGGAGAGAAGGGAGGGAUGGGCGUGGCGACGAGUGGGCGGAUCCUUGGAUGAGAGCGGAACCCGCAGCGCGUAGGCGAAGAGCGCCAUCUAGCGACGAGAGCUACUCGUCUUCAAGCUCUUCUAAUUCCAGUUCGCGCAGCUCUGGAACACCGGGAACGCGACGCAAUAGGCGGGCGUCGUCGUCGUCCAAGCAAAGGUUGUCCCCGUCGGUGAUAGUGCGCGAGCGGCGAUUGGCGACGGCCCGGGCAACAGCUAUGAAUCCCCCCUGCACCCCGCCGCCACACAAGGAUGAAAUCGAUCCCUAUGGACGCAGCAAAGCGUCGAGUCGUAGCCGAAAUAGAAAAAAGUAUUCGCGCUCGUCAUCAUCUGGUUCAGAGUCAUCAUCAUCAUCUAGUGAGUCUGAGAGCGAAUCACGAUCAUCAUCAACUUCAGGUAGUUCGGGAGCGCGCCGAGCGAGGCACGCGAGGCUGCUAAAUGCGGCUGCUAGACCUAGGAUGAAUGCUGCUAAAUCCAACGCUGGUUUAGCAGCGGCAGUGACUGUUCCUAGUAAGAUGGAAGCGUCUAGCGAAAAGGAAGCGAGUGGUAAGAAGCGAUCAGCCACAUCACCCAUCGGCGGGGAAGCACCAGCUAAAAAGUCUGUGUCCAGACGAGAGGAACUCUUAAAACAACUGAAAGCUGUCGAAGAUGCUAUAGCUAGAAAACGUUCCAAGAUAUGA